CCUGACCGGGCCCCGCCCCUCUGCUGGCGGAGACGCCACUUCCGGGCCGGCCCCCCGGAACCUUUUGGCUGGCGUCAGCUCCCGUGUUACUGCCACGUCGCGGACAUGAUCUCCACUAAUCGAUGCCCCUUCCUGGAAUGGGCUGUUGCACCUUCACUCAUCCUUCAGAUCUCAGCUUAAGUGUUACUUCUUCAGAGAGCAUCUCGACAAAUUCGGAAGUCUAGGAAGACCAGUGCUUUCCUGAAUGAUGUCUAAUGGAAUCUUCACAACAACCCUGGGAAGUGAUUUCAGAAAGUAUGGAUAUACUCUUCAGAAUAAGAGGAGGCCUUGAUUUGGCUUUUCAGCUAGCUACUCCUAAUGAAAUUUUUCUCAAGAAGGCACUGAAACAUAUGUUGAGUGACCUGUCAACCAAGCUUUCUUCAAACGCUCUCGUGUUCAGAAUUUGCCACAGUUCAGUGUAUAUAUGGCCUAGCAGUGACGUCAACACCGUUCCGGGAGAGCUGACCGACGUUUCUGCUUGUAGGAGCAUACUGCGCUUUAUUCCAUUUGAGCCAGAAGAAGAUACAAAACGAAAAUUCAUGAGAAGGAAAGACAAAAAGUUAUCAGACAUGCAUCAAAUAGUAAAUAUAGAUCUUAUGCUGGAAAUGUCAACCUCCCUGGCAGCUGUAACACCCAUCAUUGAAAGGGAAAGUGGAGGACACCAUUACGUUAAUAUGACUUUACCUGUCGAUGCAGUUGUAUCUGUUGCUCCAGAGGAAACGUGGGGAAAAGUUCGUAAACUUCUAGUUGAUGCAAUUCAUAAUCAACUAACUGACAUGGAAAAAUGCAUUUUGAAAUAUAUGAAAGGAACAUCUAUUGUGGUCCCUGAACCACUGCACUUUUUAUUACCAGGGAAAAAAAGUCUUGUAACAAUAUCAUAUCCUUCAGGAAUACCAGAUGGUCAGCUGCAGGCCUACAGAAAGGAGUUACAUGAUCUCUUCAAUCUGCCUCAUGACAGACCCUAUUUCAAAAGGUCUAAUGCUUAUCACUUUCCUGAUGAGCCAUACAAAGACGGUUACAUUAGAAAUCCACAUGCUUAUCUUAACCCACCCAACAUGGAGACUGGCAUGGUUUGUGUGGCCCAGGGCAUAUACAGUUAUCAUCAUUAUAUGCAGGAUCGGAUAGAUGACAGUGGCUGGGGCUGUGCUUAUCGAUCUCUGCAGACCAUCUGCUCUUGGUUCAAACAUCAGGGAUACACAGAGAGGUCCAUUCCAACACACAGAGAAAUUCAGCAGGCUCUAGUCGAUGCCGGCGACAAACCAGCAACAUUUGUCGGAUCACGGCAAUGGAUUGGAUCUAUUGAGGUACAGCUGGUCCUAAACCAAUUGAUUGGCAUCACUUCAAAAAUCCUGUUUGUCAGCCAAGGUUCAGAAAUGGCCUCUCAAGGACGGGCACUGGCUAAUCAUUUCCAAAGCGAAGGAACUCCAGUUAUGAUUGGGGGAGGAGUUUUGGCUCACACAAUACUAGGAGUUGCAUGGAAUGAGAUUACAGGGCAGAUAAAGUUUCUGAUUCUAGAUCCACAUUAUACAGGCGCUGAAGACCUGCAAGUUAUUUUGGAAAAGGGCUGGUGUGGAUGGAAGGGCCCAGACUUUUGGAACAAGGAUGCAUACUAUAACUUAUGUCUUCCUCAGCGACCAAAGAUGAUUUAAAAUAUAUUAGAUCGAAGACUGCAGUAGAGUGGUAUUAGAAAUUUGUGAAUAAGAAUCAGUUUAAUUUCACAUUAAAUCCUGGUUCUAGUUUGACGGUUUAAACUAUGACCUUUUUCAAAGGUUGUAAAUACUACACGGAGAAUGUAUUUUUCAGACAUCCCUUUAAUAACUUAAAAGACAAAGCAUACAAUCCAGCAUAUUAUAGGCAUGUAAAUACAUGUGUUCUUAAACGGAUCUUCACUUGGAAGAAAGGAUUUCCUCCUUCUCAGAAGGAGUUUAGACACACAUGGUAAGCCAAAAGCUGCAGCUUAUAGGUCUGCAUGAAAUGAAGGCGUUUCUUCAGACUUCUUCAUAACCCACGUGACAUCUGUUUUUAAAAAACAUACUAACAUUAAAAACUUUUUUAAAAAAGAGAUUUAUCAUAGGCUGGGCACGGUGGCUCACGCCUGUAAUCCCAGCACUUUGGGAGGCCAAGGCGGGUGGAUCACGAGGUCAAGAGAUCGAGACCAUCCCGGUCAACAUGGUGAAACCCCGUCUCUACUAAAUAUACAAAAAACUAGCUGGGCAUGGUGGGGCGUGCCUGUAAUCCCAGCUACUCCGGAGGCUGAGGCAGGAGAAUUGCCUGAACCCAGGAGGUGGAGAUUGCAGUGAGCCGAGGUCACGCCAUUGCACUCCAGCCUCGGUAACAAGAGCGAAACUCCGUCUCAAAAAAAAAAGAGAAUUUUAUCCCCAAACUUUACCAUGCGGGCGCAUUUUUGGUCUCUAGACUCUAGUAAGUAUAACCAGGAUUACAAUGUUAAUAGAAUAAUAAAUGCUGUGCACGCAAGCGAUCACGGAGGGAGGAGAAAAGCGGCAGCUCGGAGUUACUUACCAACACUUCCUUUUCCCACUGAUAUUUUCUGCACUUCCAAAACUUCGUUUCUGUCUGAAAACAGGAACACAGUCAUCUCUAUCACAGUGUUCACUUGCUUUUCUUGUCUGUGCACGUUUAAUUGUUGUAAGAAACUUGGCACAUUCUGGAAAUCCACACGACCAAGCGAGGUCUUCAGCUGUUUGCCCGUUCUUAUUACAUAAACUGAAAAUAUGAUAAAAAUUGAUUUAAAUGAAAAAUUGAA